CGGAGGGAGGGAAAAGACCAAGAUGGCGUCGGCGGCGUCCGUCUCGACGGGCCUGGCGGGGGGCAGAGCUCCGCGGCGCACGGCAGGGAACCGGCUCUCGGGGCUGCUGGAGGCGGAGGAGGAAGACGAGUUCUACCAGACGACCUACGGAGGAUUCACGGAGGAGUCGGGGGACGACGAGUACAAAGGCGACCAGUCGGACAGCGAUGACGAAGUCGACUCCGAUUUUGACAUUGACGAAGGGGACGAGCCCAGCAGUGACCAGGAUGACGAGGGGCCCAAGAGGAAGCGCAGAGUAGUCACCAAAGCCUACAAGGAACCCAUUAAAAGCCUGAGGACCAAGAAGCUGGAAACGCCUGCCAGCAGCUCCCAGAAGGCGAGGGAGGAACGAUCCACACCGGCCGAGCUCCAGGACGAAGCAGGAGACAGCCGUAAGCACAUGCGCCAGUCGACGACGGAGCACACGCGCCAGACCUUCCUCCGCGUGCAGGAGCGCCAGGUGCAGUCCAAGCGCAAGAAGGGGGGCGGCCCGAGCCACGACCGGCUGCUCAGCCAGGAGGAGCUGCUGGAAGAGGCCAAGAUAACGGAGGAGAUCAACCUGCGCUCUCUGGAGACCUACGAGCGCCUUGAGGCAGACAAGAAGCGGCAGGUCCAGAAGAAGCGCAAGUGCCUGGGGCCGACCAUCCGCUACUACUCGGGGGCCAUGCCCCUCAUCUCUGACCUGGGCUGCAAGGAAGAGAACGUGGAUGUCGAGGGUUUGGACCAGGACGCGCAGCUGCCCUCGGAGGCUCUACCUGCCGCUUCCGCUCCGGCUGCGAAAUGCUCCCGCACGUUCAUAACCUUCAGCGACGACGAGACCUUCGAGCGCUUGUUCCCGAAGUCCCGCGCCCCCAAGCUGCCCGUCAAGGAGAUCUGCCCCGUCACCCACAAGGCCGCCAUCUACCGCGACCCCAUCACCGACAUCCCCUACUCCAACAUCCGGGCCUUCAAGAUCAUCCGCGAAGCGUACAAGAAGUACAUCACCGCCCAUGGCUUGCCAAACGCGGCAGCGGCCGCGGCGGCACUCGGGGUCGGCCCCCCGGUGACCGACCCCAGCGUCCGGGCCACCAGGCAGAAGAUCAUCAUCAAACAGAGCGUGCCGGCCACAUAGGACAGCCCUUUUGGUCUCCUGCUGUGGACUCCCCCCUCCUGUUUCUGCAAAAGAGCUACUUGGAGGGGAAUGGACAUUGUCACCUCUUUGGUUGUUGCUGUUUUCCCCUCCCUGCUUCCGUCAUUGUUUCUGUCCCUUUGCAAAGCCUGCACUGCGAUUGAGCCCCGCGCCGCCCGGAGACCUACCACACAACAAGGAGGUACACCGUCUGAAAAUCAAACCCAAGAAAAAACCGUGUAUAAAUCCCAAGAUAAAUGUAACUCAUGAUUUAUAAAGCACAAAGCUGAAGAACGAAUACUACUACAAGUCCAAAAUAUGCAGUGUAUAAAUAUGUUGUCAAGGGCUUUCAC